AUCGGGGCACUCCAACCCAGUAGUCGCUACGUCCUACCCAGCCGCGGCGCGAUCCCCCUAACGCCCGGAGCUGAGCUUCCCUCGUCCCCUCACGAACUACAAAGCCGAAUCCGGAAAACAUCGUCUGUACCGCACUCUCACCGCACCGCUGCUACACCCCCGAUCCUUUCGCUCCUCCGGUCGGCGUCGAUUAUCUCUCUCGCACGCGAUCAGCCACUCACACUAGCCCUCCAGCGAUCGUUCGAGUCGGUUAGCCACAUAUCAGCAUCGAAACGUGUCGCGGUUGAAUCCCGGCCCCCGAUUAGGACGCCUUCGCUCGCGCGGUAGCUUAACAGGCCUUCGUCAAAGACCACGACACAGCAAUGGGUGUGAUCAAGAGAAAGUCUGUGCACCCCGGUCGAGUAGAGCCCGGCGUGCGUUAUCACUGCGACGCGUGUAAUGUCGAUAUCACGUUCACCGUUCGGAUACGCUGUGCCCACCCAUCGUGUGUUGAGUACGACCUCUGCGUGCCAUGCUUCACCUCCGGUGCCGAGUCCGGAUCGCACAAAUGCGUCUCGCACUCAUACCAUGUGAUCGAGCAGAACGCGUAUCCCAUAUACACGCCGGACUGGGGCGCCGAUGAGGAGCUUUUGCUACUCCAGGGCGCGGAAAUGUAUGGGUUGGGGUCCUGGGCGGAUAUCGCGGAUCACAUCGGAGGCGCACGUGACAAGGAUGAGGUUAGAGACCACUACAUAGCGACCUACAUCAACUCGCCGAAAUUCCCGCUGCCAGAACACAGCGAUCCGGGGGACAGGACGUUCGUUGGCAUCUCGAGGGAGGAGUUUCAGUCCAGGAAGAAACGAAGGAUCGAAACGAGGAAGGAGGAGGCUGCGAAGCACACUCCGUCGGCCCCGAAGAAAAAGCCAACGGCGUCGGUCCCGUCAUGCCAUGAAAUCCAAGGAUACAUGCCUGGUCGGUUGGAGUUUGAGACGGAGUUUGAUAAUGAGGCCGAAAUGGCGGUGAAGGAUCUGUUCUUCGAACCGGGCGAUGGGAUCAACCCGAGCACUGGUCAGGUGGAACCGGAGGUUGAGUUGAAGUGCACGGUGAUGGACAUAUACAACCACAAGCUCACGCAGCGAGCCCAACGGAAGAAGGUCAUGUUCGAGCACGGUCUUUUGGAAUACCGCAAGAACGCCGCCAUCGAGAAGAGACGAACAAAGGAUGAGAGAGAUCUGCUCAAUAAACCCAAACCUUUCGCACGGAUAAUGAAUAAGCGGGAUUAUGAUGACUUCACUGACGGAAUGUUGCAAGAGUACACACUAAGACAAGCCGUCACGCAGUUGCAGGAGUGGAGGCGAAUGGGCAUCCAGACCCUCGAAGCAGGGCAGAAAUAUGAGGUCGAGAAGGUUCAGCGAAACGAAGUGCUUCGAAACAAGCUCAAUCCUGUUGACCGCCUCUCCCAUCGAUACUCCAAAGCAACACCGCCAGUCGAGGCACCACCGAUCAACCCGCUCACCGCCCCCAAGCUCCCGCCAACGUCCUUCGCUCGCGAAGACUCAUCAUCACCAAUGUCGCCAACCCCGGCUGCCAAUGGCGUGAGGAGGAAUGGAGUGAACGGUAACACGGCGUCUCUGAACAACAUCGAGCAUGCCACAGACUAUCACCUCCUCAGUAAGAAGGAACAGAAGCUGUGCAAGAAGAUGUUUCUCAAACCCAAGUCAUUCAUGUGCAUCAAGGAACGGCUGAUAAGCGAAGCCAUCAAGAAUGGCGGCAUUGUUGAUGUGGACACCGCAAAAGCUCUAUGCAGGGUUGAAAAUGAGGAUAACGGCAAAAAGGUUGGCCUGAUUCAUCAGUUCUUCGUUGACUCUGGAUGGAUUGGCAAGCCUUGAAAUACCCGGUUGUCAACAGAUACUUCUCAAUUGGAGUAUGCGAUCAGACCGAGGGGGGGAUUUUCCAUGCUUCCGUUGGAGGUUACAUUGUUUUUUUUAUUACAGUCGUGUACUAUGCUUGAGCGCGAGGAUAUCAAAGGAUUGGGGCAAGAGGCGUUUUUAUGUAGGUUUUUUUCGAGACGAAUCAAUGGGAUGUAUGCAUCUUCUCAUUCAUGAGUAUUGCUGUGUUGAGCGAUGGAUCGUGGAGCGGGACGACCUCAUCGAUAUCCCAAGACA